CAUGUUUUUUACCUCCGUACGCUGCCAGGACCGAGCCCCGGCUGAGACGGUGAUCAGCGGCUCUCCGAGAGAUGAAGGUGCCGAGGUGAGGCCUGACCGGGGCACAGGGGCACCUGCUACCAACACAGCCACCAGCCAGAGCCGCCCGGGUGCCCGCCCAUAAGAAGCCAGCACCUGUGGCCUGCACUGCCACCCAGAGAAGGGGAGUAGAGGGCCAGUGGUGAGGGCACUGACCAGCUCUAGUGCAUCACAGCAUCACAGGGAGCACCUAGCCUUGCAGCACACAGGGUUGUACUGUUGUACACCGCUGCUGUUGUACAGCUGUGUGCAGUUGUACACAAAGUUGCUUUCGUCCAAAGGUACAAAAGGAAACAAAGCAUAUGAAAGGAAGGAAGUAGCGUCAGCACUAUGCAACCAGGAGACUGCUGGGGAAAGGGGACCUGCAACUUCCGUGACCAAGCAGGGUUUAAGUCCUGUCCCUGGUGUUUUGGGAUCCUCCCCUGACAUGGCUGUCCCUUGCAAGUUGAUAUUUGGAUAAGAUUCUAGUUGUCAGCAUGAAAGGAAAAACUGCACAGUGUGACUGGAAAUCUGCAUCCCCAAAGAAGCCCUCUCCCUGUGACCGAUACAAACACGCUUGCAUUAUUUGUAGAGGAUUUCUUUAUCUCUAUGGAGGACGGAACACCACCAGUCUUAGAGAUUUUUGGCGAUACAACAUAGCGAAAAAUGAAUGGGAAAUGCUGGAUUGCUCAAGAGAUGGUCCAGAAGAACUGGAGGACCAUUCAAUGGUGGCUUAUAAGGGGAACCUGUACAUUUUUGGUGGGAUGGUGGAUUCUGCUUUUACACAAGCAAAAACUCCUCUCUGGAUAUAUGACAUUGAUUCUGCAAGAUGGACAGAGUGCUGUAACGUACCAGCAGAGACUGAGAGCUUGUCACCAACUAACAGAAAAGGUCACAGUGCAGUAGUAUACCACUCCAGCAUGUACAUCUACGGGGGGUACUUCGGCAUCAGAGGCAUUUCACAGGAGUUUUGGACUUUCCAUUUUGAUACAAGAAAAUGGUUGUGUGUUUCCACCCUAUCUCCCUGUACUGGCCCGGGACCUCGGCACGGCCAUUCAGCAGUGGUUUAUCAUACAGGCAUGUACCUCUUUGGAGGACUGAUGGGGCUGAGUGAACAGAAGGACUUAUGGAAGUGGGACUUCGUAAGCAGCAGCUGGUCCAACAUCAGAACAAGCCAAGGACCUCCUCCAGUGGUAGGUCAUGCUUCAAUAAUCUUCAAAGACUCCAUGCUGAUUUUUGGUGGAGGGAUUUCAAAUUCCAGUCCUAACGAUGACCUCUGGAAGUAUCAUUUCCAUACACAGACAUGGAAGAAGCUUAGCAUUAUCACCAAGGCAAACUUUUCUCCUAAAAUGUAUCACUGCAUCUUAGGAAUUGGUGUUGGUUUCCAAACUACUUCAGAUUUCACUGAUAGGUUCCCCAGCCACUGGAAGAGUAAGCAGAAGGACCAUUACCAACUGGUGACCAUCCCAAAGCACACUCGCCUUUGCAACUACUUCCGUCAGCAGACCGCGUACCAAGUGUUCGGCAACGAGGACAGUGAUGCAAUUGAAAUGAAAACCUUUAGCUUGCCUCUGGGCUUUUGUGCAUUGCAAACCACUUCGGAGGCAGAACUAGACCCUAACAGAGCAACAAGCAUUUUUUCAAAGGAUGGGUCUCUGCGUCUUCUUGUCUCUUCAGAAGAAGAGACUUUUGCUGCUGCUCAGAUGGUUGGAGAAGAGGAGGGAGCCAGCUGUCAGCUCGCACCUGCAGUGGAUACCGAUGUGCUGCUGCUCAUUGGGGGUAAACCUUUGUCCAGCUCAUCUGAGAUUUCAGUCAGGCAAAUGGAGUUUGACAGCUUGUGAUCUCUUUGAUUGCAACCACAACCAUGCCAGUAGGUGGUAAACCAACCGCUUGCAACUGUCUUGAGUUUCCUAUGGGCACACUGGGGAAGAAGUAGUAAAACCUUCUCAUACCAGCUCUGAACAGAUUUUUACAAUGUGAACAAACCCUAAUACAUAUUUUAAGUUAGAACUUGCGUAUAAGUUGAGAUUUCUGAGAGGAGCAUGUUGGAAUGAUGCUUUUUUUGUUACUUUUCUUCUCAUCAGUGAAUAUCCUUCCAAAUUGCAGUGGCUGAUGCUGCCUUGAAAACUGGAACAAAUAACCCCUACAGCUCCAUAACUGCUCUUUAAGGCCCAAAGCUUGCUUAUUUUGCACUGGCAUAAGAAAUACAUAUGCACUUUGAAACCUGCAUUUGAAUAAAGUUCGUGCAUGUUUUGGUCA